AUGAACUCCAGUGUUCCACAUUUUGAGGACAUCAAUUUGUUCAGCUCAACCUAUGCCUACUAUGGAGUCCUGGCGCAUGGUUUGCCCUAUCCCAAAGGAACGUCCCCUAAAUUCGUCGUGCCAAAUAUCUACCCAAAAGAUCCUCUUCCCGACGGCACCACUCGUAUUGCGGCCAACGUCACGGGCUACUGGCCAAGCUUGGACUGUCAGCCAGGAAGCCUGAAUUGGACCAUGCUAAGCCCUGAUCCCGACACCCAUGAUGAUAAGGAUAGGGUUAGAAUUCGAUUUGAAACCGAGGAUGGCCGUUGCUCUGUUGGUAAAUUAGUCCCGGAUACUGCCGUAUUCUCACUGAAUGAUCACUUGCGUGAGAUACUACCAGAGAAAUUGAUUUAUCCUCGGAUGGCGAACCUGUACGCUAAUUGCACUGGCAACGAAACGAACUCCGAUAUCCAUCCAUCACUGCGUCUCCUGUUUACCGUCCUUGACGUCCGAAACACUCAGGACCUCAAGCCUAAUGCAGAACAGCUUCUACGUUCAGGCGACGAUGUCAAGGUGGCAAAUUCGGCCACUGUUGAGAUCAAGAGCGCCACGGCCAUUCUCUGCAAGCAAGAUCUGGUCGGCAAGCGAGCGAGAGUUGAAAUAGAUCCCUCUGAUGUGGAUACUCAGAGAGGACCGGGGCUUGACGUCACUCCUAUCUCUACCCUAACUACUCAGACAUUGCUGCAAGGGCACUCCAUGGAUGAACUAGCUAAUAAUUACUUCCAGAUGAUGUGGAGGUUUAUGGCAGGAUCUCCUAACCUUCUUGGACAGGACAAAGCGACGGAGGAUGCUUAUAGGCCCUUUUUCCGUCUCAUGCUAGCGGAGAGCGACAGCCCCGACUACGAGUCGUUUCUAGACACCAAGCGCCUCACAACAAGCGCGGCCAACGUUUACAUCGGUCUGGCAGCCCAGUCGGUCUAUUAUAUACUCCAUACCUUUCUCAAAUCACCCGAUCAAGAAAUUCCUGGGGAGGCUUUCCGCAAUGAGAACCGCUUGUUUGUGCAGAAGACUCCAAUUGGUGUGAUGGUUACCUGCGUUGCUCUCAUGAUAUGCAUCUCAGUGGGUGUGAUUAUGACUAGUCCAUUCAAUGUUGUUCCUCGGAGUCCAGAUAAUAUUGGUGCUAUCAUGACCUUCCUUCCCAAUAGCAAAUUGACGAGGGUGCUUGCCGGAACCGCUUAUUGGCCUUUCCCGCGGAUUAGAAAUGCUCUCAAAGGACAGCGAUUCCGGACUCGUUUGGAACCGUCGCCCACUGAUCGUUAUGCGAAACCAACGAAACCAACAUUCACUAUUGAUGUGGAUCUUCAGGAUGCGUCUGAGAAGCCACAAACUCCGGCUGAGAAAACACCUGAGGUGUUGGAUAACACACCGCAGAAGAUUUGGAAGCCCCUAGCGUAUAGUUUUCCUUUUCGUUUGCUUGUGCUAGUAUCUCCUAUUGCUGUUAUAAUCGUCAUCGAGACUCUGCAGCAGGUGUCGACUAAAAAUGGCGGGUUUAUGGACGUUCCGAGGGACUCUAGUGUCCUCUUCUGGAGCAAGUUCAUCACCUCCGGAGUGAUGGUCUCCCUCUGUCUCAUGUAUGGGACCUUUGAUUUUGGGCUUGCAUUGCUUGCCCCAUACCGCGUACUCAGUCAAGGUUGUGCCGCAAAUAAGCGCGCAAUGUUUGCGAAUUAUCUUCGCGAUAUACCUGUAUUUGCACUUGGGAAAUCAUUAUCCGAUCGUCAACUUGCUGUGUUCUUCAGUCUUUUCGCCACGCUCGCUGCAAGUUUGUUUACGAUUGCCGCAUCAGGACUUUACAUAGUGGAUUACCAGAACACUUUGAGUCGGACUAUGGCAGUCCACCGAAGCGAUGUGUUCAACUUGACUUGGCCCAAUGCCUACAAUGACAGUCAUGCGGGCACUGUGCUUAAUCUUAUUGAGCAGUCAAACCUUACCUUCCCUCGGUUUACGUAUGGAAAUCUGGUUUUUCCGGUAGUUUCAUCCCCAGUGUCCUUUGAACAGAGAGGGGACAGCACCGGCCAGGAAAAUGGGCAUAUGACUCUUCGAGUACCCGCUCUUCGCCCACGGCUUGAUUGCAAGCCCCUCGACACGGCUACCUUAUAUACGGGCAAGACCUCAUCAGCGCUAGAGCCUGAGAAACGGGUACCUUACGCUAGUCUCCAGACCACCAUCAAUCUCGAAUCCAUGUAUCCGAAAUGCAAGCGCGGUCGAGCGUACGGAGAUAAGAAUCUGUUUAACUUUAACAGCACAAUUUACUUUCCUGAGAGGCAAGUUGGUAACGGACCCAUCCUUCAGACACCCGUUUACGGUGGUUUUCUUUUCGAUCUGCAUCUCGGAGACAUCCUUGAAAACGAGAAUGUCAGCUCGCGAUAUACCCAGUUUGAGAAGUGGGGGAAUAGCGAUCUAUUUGCCGACUGGUACUCGUACGGCGAGUCUCCCUCAUAUACGGAGGACAAUUACGAUAAGGGACAGAAUCCAGAGGGGUGUCCUAGCGUCGGGUUCAGUUUCGGUGCAUUCAUCCCACUCUCCACCAACAUGACCGAAGUGACUAGCGGGGUUUGCGAUCAGUACAUUGAGGAAGUCACCACGGAAGCUCGUUUCAUUCUUCCUAGUCUCGAGCUCGACCCGUCGAACCCCCCUGUCCCCGAUGAGUCGACCGCCCAUGUGCUUGGGGAUGGCCACGGGUUCGAUAUGCGACAAUACCGCCCCCAAUAUAACAUCGAACAGAGCAUCCUCUACUUCAAUGCGAACGCGUCCGGAUACAUGGACACCUUCUACCAAGUCGUUGUCCACGGCAUCGACGGCAUCCCUGAAUCGGACCUCGUCGGAAAAGACAACAUUCCUCGCCUCCUCAACGCCACCAGUGACCUGUACGGUAAAUACAUGGCGAUCGCCAUAUCCUACAACAUGCGCCAGAAUACAACCUUCAAAAAAGACGACGACCUCGGCAGUGCCGCUUCUCGCUCGAUUCAAGGCCAAAACGACGAUUCCAACUUCGAGGCUUCGGUCGUGUAUCCGUCCGCGCGCUUGAAAAUUGAUCGUCGAGCUAGUCUCGCGCUGGAGAUUUUACUGGCUAUUGCUUUCAUCUGUAGUGCGAUUGCUUGCGCGUUGGCAUGGACUCCCGUGUUUAUCAUGCAAAAUCCUGGCCAGAUAUCAGGUGCCGUGGCCUUGGUGGCUGGGAGUACGCUGGCUUCGCGUAAGGUUAUACUGGAAGGGACUGAGUGGCUGAGUAAUAAGCAAACGCAAGAGCGGAAGAUCUUUGCUGGACUGCGAUUGAGGCUGGGCUGGAUAGAUGAUGAUGAUGGUAGAGGGCGGUAUGGGAUCGAUGUUGAUAAUCGGCAAUCUGCUUGA